AUGACUAAAGCAAUAUUCUUAGCAAAUGAUAGAAAUAGAAGAGAUGUGGGCAGAAUUAGAUGGGGAUAUGUAAUAAGAACAUUAUAAUAACAAAUAUAGUUUCAAAAAGCAGAGAUUCUAACAGUAUCUGUAUUGGUUGAUUAGGAAAAUGGGAAAGAUUUGUUAUCUGUCAACCUUUAAGAGGCUUAGAAUGAGUCUUUGCUUGAUCUGGCAAAAGUUUUAGGUCGCAAAGUGGUGAAAGCAAAAAAUAAUCAAGAUGAAGAUCAUAUAAAAGCUACUCAGCUUUUUGACAUAAUACCUAAUUUUAUACUUGGAGUUCUUAUAACCAUCUUCACCUAUCUAGGGUAAUGUGUUGGAAUCAGUAUUCCUGCCCUUGGAUUGAGAGGAAACGAAUAUGGACAAGCAUUAUUGACUAAUAUAGGAACACUAGGUUUUGAAGAAGGAUUUGCACCAAUAGCUAUACCAUUUCAUAGUAUGUACACAGUAUGUUCUGGAAAAGUAAUUUAGAGGGUUGUAGUGAUGAAUGGGGAAAUAAAAAUUCGUGACAUCAUGAAAACAGUUUGGACUAUUGACCAUAGAUAUGGUGAUGCAGCUAUUGCUGGGAGAUUUGUCAAAAUUUUCAAAGACUAUGUCGAAAAUCCACAAAAUUUUGAUAUAAGCAGAUAUCCUGAUUGCAGUUCAUUAAAUUCAACACCCAAGAACAAGAAUCAUUGA